AUGGGACAAGCUGCGAGGCACUCUAUUAGUGUUCUGUCGCCAAUAGCAGCUAAUAUACCUCCGUUGCACAAGUAUUCGAAAGGCAGCUACAGUGAUCAUUUAUCUACUCUUCUGAUAGAUACCGCAAAUGCAACAAGGCCCAGCGACUCGCAUAACGCACAAAAGACAUCUGCAAGUUCGUGGGCGUCCCCAUACAUGGAUGUGACUUAUCGAAAGAGGUUGUGGGUCAAGACUCCCCAUGGGAAUCCGACUACCAUUGUUACCUACAAUGAUAGUAUUGUCGACGAUUUGAAAUCACUCGUUUUGGAAAAGUAUCCAAAUAUGAUUGGAAGGUACUAUGACGCAGCUAAUUUGUUGAUGAAAGUGGAUCUUCAAGCCAUCAAAACAACAACCCUGAAUUCUGCUCAAUACUCGAAAUAUUUGCAGAACAAAACGAGUGAUAAUUGCGCUAUCUUGGAACCCGAUCAGAACGUGUGGCAGCUAAUGGAUGUACUAUAUCCGCAAGGAAUGGGCAUAAAGGACGCGUGGAUUGUGGGUGUUGAACAUGCGACAUUGUCGCCGCAGUCGCCAACUGAAGUAGAUUCAUUUAAUGGGUACCCAAAGCUGGCGAACUUUGAUCAAACUGGAAUUGAACAUGGGAAAGAGGGUGAUUCUGGAAAACAAUACCAGAACCAGAACCAGAACCACCAGCACCACCAGCACCAGCGCCAGCACCAGCCACAGUAUCAUAAUAGAGCCUUGUACGGUAAUCAACAACCAGCUUCAAAUGGUUUGCAUUUUCAAUCAGGUCCACAAACUACAAGCAGAAAUUAUGUACCUACGAAAUCGAAGCACUCAAUUGGAAACCCCUCUUUUCUAGAGCAGCGCUCAGCUUCGCCUUCCGUUUUUGCAUUGAAUAAUUCUUCACUGCUACCGAGAAAAUCCUUUUCCCAAAGCACCUUAGCACCCGCUAAUCAGUCAAAUUCACAAGCUAAUCCCCAAGCUGUUUUAUUAUUGCCGAAAAACUUUUCAUUGUACAACUCCAGCAACUACACCACAACAACAACGCCUCAAAAAUCGAAACCGCGCAUUGUUGCAAAAGCUAUCGACAGUGUAAAGAAAAAGAAUGAGGACGACGAAGACAACAACAACAACAACAACAACAACAACAACAACAACAACAACAGCAGCAGCAACAGCAACAGCAACGGUGGCGACCGUGGCGACCGUGGCGAGGGGGAAAGAGUAGAAGGGGAAGAAGAUAAGGGACCUCCUACAGAGACGUCUGUGGAGUCUCUGGAGAGUUCUACAAUUAAAAAUGUAGACAAGUUUGAUGAAUCCAAACAAGAAGGUGGUGAUUCGUUUGAGCUAUCUCGAUCAUCCACACAGCAAGAAACGGAAACUAAACGAAAUCAAGCGGGCACAAUCACCAAAACAAUAGCGUCAGCCAAGAGUAACAAAAGCGAUAAAACAGACCCAGCAUUGGAUAAAGUAUUACCGUCGAUCUCGGUCCUUGUGGUUGAAGAUAAUGCCAUUAAUCAAGCUAUUUUGGGUGCAUUUUUAAGGAAACGUAAAAUACAUUAUCAGAUUGCCAAAAACGGCCAAGAAGCAGUUGACAAGUGGAAGAAAGGAGGGUUUCAUUUGGUAUUGAUGGAUAUCCAAUUACCAGUUAAGUCAGGCAUUGAGGCGACUAAGGAAAUACGGCAUCUAGAAAGAUUGAAUAAAAUUGGGGUAUUUGACGAUAACGAAAUACAAAAAUUAGCGGGCCAUGAUUUGGCAGAGAAAGAUAAGUUGGAUUCGAAUAUCUUCCGGUCCCCUGUUAUUAUAGUUGCCCUAACUGCUUCUUCAAACUCAUCUGUUGACAGAAAAAAUGCAUUAACUGCUGGUUGUAACGAUUAUUUGACCAAACCUGUCAAUUUAGUGUGGUUGCAGAACAAAAUUACAGAGUGGGGGUGUAUGCAAGCUUUAAUUGACUUUGAAGGAUGGAAGAGCAAAAGUAAUUGGAAAGUUUCAUAG